ACGAUUCGCUCCAUGCCGACUUCUGUCGGGUCAAGUCGGCGGUCGACGUCUGCCCCGGUUGCGCUUGAGGUCUGGACAUGUCCAGAACUCACUGCCCUGAUCUUUCAGUUCCAGCAGGGCGUUCCCGGUUCGUUCCUUCCGCUGGCGCAGAGUCUGCACAUGUAUCGCCAGUGUCCACCGCUGUUGAUGGACUCGUUCGGGGUGUGGAUGUCCUGCCACACGUUGGAUGACUUGAAGCGCUUUUGCCGUCUCUGUCUGCAUUUGGUGAGUGCUCCUGUGAUGGAUCAGGCGGCAGCCAUGGGCCACCUGCCAGCUCUCAUGCUGUUGCAUACCCUCGGCGUGGACUGUUCGUCGCGAGCAAUGAACUUGGCGGCGAAAGAGGGGCAUUUGGACGUUGUGACGUUUUUACACGCCCACCGCUCCGAAGGUGCCACGACCAGCGCCAUGAACUGGGCGGCCGAAUAUGGGCAUUUCGAAGUUGUGCAAUUCCUGCACCGCCAUCGCACCGAAGGAUGCACCAAAGGGGCUAUGACUCGCGCAGCGAAGGCCGGACAUUUGAACAUUGUGGAAUUUUUACACUUCCAUCGAAACGAAGGCGGGUACCGAGAUAUGCUCCAUGGCGCUGUUGCAGCAGGCCAUGUACAUGUUGUGGACUUUCUGACAAGUUAUCGCAAGGAGGAACCGUGUUCUCCGCUCGCCAUGGACGAUGCCGCCAGGUUGGGCCAUCUAACCAUGGUGCAAUAUUUGCAUUCCCAUCGCUUUGAAGGUUGCACGGCUCAAGCUUUGGUUGGAGCAGCAGCCAAUGGUCACGCCAAGGUGGUCCAAUAUCUUUUGUCGAAUAAGAGUCACUACGUAUUAAAGCCCGCGCUGGCCUUGACCUCUUCUGCCGCUGCGGGGCAGUUGAAGAUAGUGCAGAAAUUGAGUCCUUUUGUUGAUGCCAAGGCCUGUCGGGAUGCGGUGGUGGCGGCGGCCAAGCACAACCACUUCGACAUUUUGGAGUGGUUUCACCAGGAACGACCAGAUGUGGUCGACAAGGUCAGGCGAAAAUUGUACAUCCAAGGCGACACCUCCAACGUAUCGACGGCGCUGGCACGGGUGGCGGCGUCCAUUGCACAAGACCAAUAACCGCCAAGAUAAUGUCAAUUCUCGGCUAGGAUUGUUGUUGUUCGC